GAUAAGUCAGUUAAUUUUGAUUUGCAGGGAUACUUCUGCUUGUGCAUCAUUUACACUUAAUGAAGAUGGUAGCAAAGAACACAUGCUUUUCAGAACUCUUCAACCAAAUGAAAAGGAAUAUGAUCUCAGGAAUCAGCAAAUCAAGAUCAGAGUGCAAGAAAGUAUAAGAGCACUAGAUGUUCUUGAAAAAUUAGAGCAAGGAAAAGUUACAAAUGAACUUCCCUCUAAGUUUGAUCUUCAGCAACUGAGUGGCCGCCUUGACUUGACAAUGCCCAUAAUGUCAGGUCAUUCAUUUGGUGGAGGAACUACAAUAUGCACACUGUCAAAAGACAAAAGAUUCAAAGUAGGUGUUGCACUUGAUCCUUGGAUGUUCCCUUUGAAGGAUGAGGUUGAUGAAAUUUGUAGUGCAUUAACACAGCCUCUAUUGUGCAUAUCCACAGAAGCUUUUCAGAAUGAAGUUAAUUUGAAAGCUAUGAGUAAGCUUAAUGAUGAAACCACAACUUUCGUUACAAUAAAAGGUACUGUCCACCAGAACCAAUGUGAUACUCCAUUUCUUGUUGGGCCAAUAGGGAGAGUCUUUGCAGGAGCAUCAUCUCCCUUAGACCCUGGAACAGCAAUGGAUAUCAAUAACAGACUAAUGAUCAAUUUUAUAUGCAAACAUUUAGGUGAGCUGACAAAAUCUUGCAACAAUUAUUUGCCUUAUAUAGAAAGUCAGAAGGACAAGAUGGUAUCCGGUCUCUAUGGUAAAGGGAAAUGCAUGCUUGGAUGGGAUCCUAACUAUCAUGCAGUAUAAAAUCAGUGUAGUUUCUAAUUUACUUUGCAUGUUAGAAGGUGGAGGUAGAUAGUGUAUAUUUUAGAUAGUGUAUAUUUUAAAUAACUUAUAUUACUGCAUGAAGAUAAUUAAUUACAGGAAGUGGUGAUGGUAGAGUAAGAAUGUUCUUUUGACAAACACAGUAAUACAAUAACAUCUCUUUGAAUAUAUUUUGAGAAUAGCUUACUUCACAGGAAUGAAUUUUGAUCUUCAAGAACAAAUCAAGAAUUUACUGAGUAGGAGUGACUUUGUCAUCUAUGGUCUAUAUGGAGACGAACAGAGGAAAUUAAAGUCAAAAUUAUGAUAUUAUUCAAAUAUCCAGAUAUAUUUUUCACAAUACCUCUUUGUAUGCUUUAACCUGCUGGAAUCAAAUAUAUUUAGAUGUCAUAUUUACGGAUUAUUGAAUAAAAUAUGCAGUAUACUGCAGUCAUAAAA